CAGGUGGCUGGCUCCUCCUCCUCCUCUGCCAAGCUACAGGCACCGCGCCGGCUGCGGUGGGAGCGCCUUUGUGCCCAGCUCCGGGGUUUCGCGACGGCUGCUCCACGCCCGGCCCCAUUGUUUUGCUGCUCUUCCUCUUCCGCGCAGGUGCCGGCGGCGCGCGGGUCCCGCACGUGCCAAAGCGGCAGCCGGAGCGAAGGGACCCACGGGCGCCGGCAGGGGCGACCCGGGGCGCUCGGCGGGGGAUGAAGUACCUGAAGCCCUGGUGGUCGGACGGCGGCGGCCUCCUGCACCUCACCAUCUUGCUGAGCUUGGCGGAGCUCCGCGUGGACCUGGACCUGGACCUCUACCUACUGCUCCCGCCGCGCACCCUGCGGGGAGAUGAGCUGCUGCUCCCAGGCGGCCCGACGAGCCCCGCCUACGCGCUCAGCCCCUUCCCGGCCUCGGGAGGGUGGGGUAGAGCCGACCAGCUGCACCCCAAGGGUCGGGAGCUGGACCCCGCUGCACCGCCCGAGGGCCAGCUGCUCCGAGAGGUGCGUGCGCUGGGGGUCCCCUUCAUCCCCUGCACCCGAGUGGAUGCGUGGCUGGUGCACAGCGUGGCGUCCGGGGACGCCGACGGGGCCCACGCGCUGCUCGGCGCCGCCGCCGCCUCGUCGUCGGGAGGAGUCGGCGCCGGCGUGGACGGGGGUAGCCAGGCUGCGCCGGGGGGCAGCGGGGACCCCCGAGCAGAUCCGAGUAGCCCCUUGGCCGCCGGGGAGGAGGAGAAGGCACCAGCGGAACCUACGGCUCAAGUGUCGGACGCCGGCAGACACGCGACCGAGGAGAAUGAGGUCCUAAGGGCUGUGGAUCACAGUUUCCAGCAUGAGGAAAAUGAGCAAAGAGCAUCAACCCAGAAGGAGAGACAACUACAGCAGAUUAAUCAAGGUGAAAAUAAAAUAGCAGAUAAACCUGCCUGGGAGUUAGAAAAGACCACUGAAUCUAGCCAGGAGAGACAUCAAAAUGGAACAGACACAUCUUUAUCUCUGGAAGACUUAUUUCAGUUGCUCUCAUCACAGCCUGAAAAUCCACUGGAGGGCAUCUCACUAGGAGAUACUCCUCCUCUUCCAGCAAGUAUCAAUGAUGGCAUGAAUUCUUCCACACAUUACAAUGUAAAUUGUAGCCAGGCUAUAAGUCAGGAUGUGAAUCUCCAUGAGGCCAUGUUGCUGGGUCCUGACAAUACAUUUAGAAGAGACCCAAUAGCAAGGACUUCACAGCCACAAGAACCAUUUCUGCAGUUAAAUUCUAUUACCAAUCCUGAACAGACCCUUCCUGGAACAAAUCUAACAGGAUUUCUUCCACUUUUUGACAACCAGAUGAGGAAUCCAACGAGCCAAGACCUUCUAUAUGACCUUGAUAUAAACAUAUUUGAUGAGAUAAAUUUAACGUCUUUGGCCACAGAAGGAGGUUUUGAUCCAAUGUUAGUUUCUCAGCUUUUUGAAGAACCAGAUUCUGAUUCUGGGCUUUCCUUAAACUCAAGCUACAAUAGCACCUCUGUCGCCAAGUCUAAUUCGUCUCUCUCUCUGUGUGAGGGUGCAAUAGGUUAUAGCACUAACCCUGAAGACCUGGAAUCUCUUCCCCGCCACGACUUGGAAGGAGCUGUAGGCGGCUACUACCCAGAGUCCAGUAAGCUUUGUCACGUGGGUCAUAGGAGCAAUACUAAUUUUCACGCGGACCUUGCAUUUCAACACGUACUGCAUAACCACACUUACCACUCAAGUGCACUAGAAUCCACUUCUGAACCCCUUUCGUGGCCUGGGGAGUCACAGAAAAUAAGGAGUAGGUACCUCAAUGACACAGGCAGAAACUUAAGCCGUGAUGAACGGCACGCUAAAGCUCUGCAUAUCCCUUUUACUGUAGAUGAAAUUGUCCGCAUGCCUGUAGAUUCUUUCAACAGCAUGCUAAGCAGGCACUAUCUGACAGAUAUGCAAGUGUCUCUCAUCCGUGAUAUUAGACGAAGAGGGAAAAAUAAAGUUGCUGCUCAAAACUGCCGUAAGCGCAAACUGGACGUAAUUUUGAAUCUGGAAGAUGAUGUAUGUAACUUGCAAGCAAAGAAGGAAACCCUUAAUAGAGAGCGGGUCCAGUGUCACAAAGCUAUAAACAUGAUGAAACAGAAACUGCACGCACUUUAUCAUGAUGUUUUUAGCAGGUUAAGAGAUGAUGAAGGUAGGCCAGUCAAUCCAAAUCAGUAUGCUCUUCAGUGCAGCCAUGAUGGAAGUGUUUUGAUUGUACCCAAAGAAUUGGUGACCUCAGGCCACAAAAAGGAAAACCAAAAGGGAAAAAGAAAAAGUGAGCGAAGAAAUUGAAGACGGAUCCUCUGAUAUGCAGCAGCGACGUUCAGAAACUGAUAAUGGAUCCAAACCACUUAAAUCUGCUUCAAAGUUUAGCUCAAGUGUUCCAAGUAUCCUUCAAAUACUGCUACUUGAACCAUGGUUUCAAUCAAGGCUAUUAUUUUGAAACUUACAUGGACAAGUUUAGGACUUAAAUAUCAAACUUGGGGGAAGCCAUAACUUUUCAUGAAGUCCUCUUAAUACUAUGUACAAAAAGGGUGACACGAGAACUUGUCACUUUGGUAUCCCUUGUUUUAGUAAGAUAGUCAUUGCAAAGAGCAAAUACUGGGUGUAAUUAUUUCAAAACAUUUUUUUUCAGUUCUUAUGACUUAAAAUGCAAAGUAGCCCCUAACAUUUUCAUUUAGUUAGCACUGAAGUACAGUGACUUUUGAAAAGCUUAUUUUAAUUUUUAUGAAUACUUAACUUAUAUAACUUUGUGGAAAUAAAUUUUAUAUUUCAAUU